AUGAACUGUAGUGCUUUAUACCAGUCUGCUUUGUACGCCCUGAGUCUGGCAGUGCUUGUUGCUGGGAAUGUCCACCCUGAAUGUGAUUUUAUGACAGAGCUGAAGAAAAAGGAGGCUGAAUGUCUGGAGGACACAGAAGAGCGUGGAAAUGCAACACCAGCAGAUUGCAAGAGAACUUGGGACAAAUUACUGUGCUGGCCAGAGGCAGAUGCUGGAGAAACUCUUGCCUUACCAUGCCCAAACAUCCUCUUUCACUUCAUGAAGGAGCCAGCUGGAAUAGUAAAAAGGAACUGCACAAAGAAAGGCUGGUCUGACCCAUUCCCUCCCUACCAUAUUGCUUGUCCGGUAGAAGAUGAGAUUCCGCUUGAAGAACAAUCCUACUUCUCCACUAUAAAGAUCAUCUACACUGUAGGAUACAGUGUAUCGAUCACCUCACUCAUCAUUGCUGUGACAGUUCUUAUUGCAUUCAGGAGGCUUCGCUGUCCCAGAAAUUAUAUCCAUGUACAACUCUUUUUUACUUUUAUCUUAAAAGCUAUUGCCAUUUUCAUUAAGGAUGCUGUUCUUUUCCAAGAGGAAGACAUUGAUCAUUGCAGCUUCUCUACAACCGAAUGCAAGAUCUCAGUUGUUUUCUGUCACUACUUCAUGAUGACCAAUUUCAUGUGGCUGCUAGUAGAGGCUCUUUACCUAAACUGUCUACUACUCUCAUCCCUUUCUCACGGGAGAAGAUAUUUUUGGUGGCUUGUCCUUUUUGGCUGGGGUUUCCCAACAUUUUUCACCCUUAUAUGGAUAUUAGCAAAAUUCUACUUUGAAGACACGGCAUGCUGGGAUAUUAAUCAAGGCUCUCCUUACUGGUGGCUAAUCAAAGGACCUAUUAUAAUUUCUGUUGGGGUCAAUUUUGUCCUAUUUAUCAACAUCAUCAGAAUUUUGCUGAAAAAACUAGACCCUAGACAAAUCAACUUCAAUAACUCUUCUCAGUACAGACGUCUCUCAAGGUCAACUUUGCUUCUAAUUCCGUUAUUUGGAACCCAUUAUAUAGUCUUCAACUUUCUUCCGGAAUAUACCAGCCUGGGGGUCCGGCUUUACUUAGAGCUUUGCUUUGGAUCUUUUCAGGGGUUUAUUGUAGCAGUUCUCUACUGUUUCCUGAACCAAGAGGUGCAAACGGAAAUUGGCCGGAGGUGGCACGGUAAGAGAUAUGGACUUAUGCGAGUGUGGAGGAGGACGAGAUGGACUGUGCCGUCUAGUUCUGGAGUAAAAAUGACCACAUCUGUGUGCUAAAGAUGGCCUCAGGAUCUGGAGUAAUCACAUAUAAAAGCCUGAUUAGGAAAAAAUCCAAACAACAAAGAAACCAAAAAACCCACCAAACAUAACGAUUGCAGUUUAUACUAAGCAAAUUGGAGUAGGAUCCACUUCUACAGCAGUUCUAUCCACUGGAUGUCUUUUGCAGGACAAGCAUUGCAGUGACAGAUUAAACACUGGCUGGUCUUCUAAACACAAAACAACCCUCUCAUUGAUAUGCUAUGCAUCACAGCAAACAGAAAAAUCACCUUUUCUUGGUUCACUUCCUGUACAUUUUCACUGACGAACCAUAUAGCAUAAUGUGUCUAGGGAGUGGACACCAGUAGUACCCUUCACUGACACCAUAGAUGACCAGCUCUGGAAACUGGAAUUCAAUCCUCAUGCAAUGGGAGCUGGAGUUUAUCCAGCUUGUUCAAGCUUUGUUCCUUGUUUUCAUUAAGUAGACAUGCAAAUAAGAAGCCAAAUGUCUUGUUAAACUGCAACACAAUGACUAAAAAGUCUUCUUAUAUUGUCUUUUUAUAUUGUCUCUUUAGAAGCAAAAAGUUUCAAAGUUCGCAAUAAAGCCCAAUACACCCUCAUGUUCUUAUGUUAUUUCAGUAGCUACAGGUUAGAAAAUUUCAGAUAGCCAAGUAGCAAAAAGCCAAGGUGUUGGAAGGGAUAAAGCUCCAUAAGAUAAUCAUUAAGGAAUAACUGCUCUUUGCAAGUAAGUUAAAAAGAAAAGCAAACUUUUGCACCGAACGAGAAUGACACCCAUGAGAGACAGACCAGGAGACUGCUAGGAAUACUGCUAAGUAUUUUCUUAUGUGUGACUGGUUUUGCUCCCCAGUGUUGUAAAACAUUCAGAAGCUUGAAAAUAAACUUUCAUUCCCAGUG